AUGGCACACAAUACACAGCUGUUCACAAAGGAAAAAGGUGAUAAACAUCCCGGCUGUUGAUAUAAGAGUCAAUAAGAUGUUUAUCAAUCUCGCGCCUAACGGAAAAUAAACAAUAAUCAGCAAAUGUGUGUUUGCCAGCGCUUUUGUUAUAUGCCUAACGUUUACCAGGGUCACGAGCCCGUAAAAAGGGCCGCGCGAAGAACUAUGUUAGUCACAUUGCUAACGGAUAUUUAGCAGUGAACUUUGGUUGGGAAAUGAAAUCUCUACUUGUUCUCCUGUUUCUCGGAGCGGUAGUCGCCACCCUGGCUGAGGAGCCUUUUGAGGAUGAGGCAGUCGCGGAGUUGUUAGAUGAAGAGGAUGAUGAAACCAUUGCCGAGCUUGCUGAUGAAGAGAAUGACCCCCGUCGUCGUCCCCGUCCAAGUGGCCCUCCGAGGGCGGUAAGAUCUUCAACCUUGUCUCCAGUUUUAAACAGACUACUGGGAUUUGCACAAUCAGCUUAAACUAGCAAACCUAAUUUGCUUAAGAUUCCUUUCCACGCCCUUAUGAAAUAGGUGCUGAGGGGAACUUCGGGAGAAUCGCGCUCCCUCAACCCGGAAAUUGCGUAUUUUAUUUGGUUAACAUGUGAGAAAGAUAACUCUGUCAAAAAAAAUAGUCUUAGCUUUUUCUUUGGUGAUUGGCAUCAAAUGAUAAAGAAUGGAAUCAUCGAUUAAUAAAAUACUAGCAAACGGUGUUUUAAUAUAAACGGUAACGUAUCAUGGAGCCAUUAUUAUAAAACUCACAUAGUUUAAUUCUUUUCUCUUAAAAAGUGCAAACUAUAUUUUAAGAAAUGCUUAAAGAAGCCAACUGGUCCUCGUCCCACACGUCCCAUCAAGGUAAGAUCUUCCUUGUCUUUAUUUUGAACCCUUAUACUUUGAUGUCGAGACGUAGUUUUACGGCAAAAGUGUGUAGUCAACUUAUAUUGUUUUUAUACGACUUGAUGAAAUACAUGCACCAGGUGAGCUAGCUCUUUAGUAAUUUUUUUCAGCCGGGGUAGGUUGUUACAUGUUUGAAAGAGUGAUUACCCCUUUGUCAAGAAAGUAAUCAUAGCUCAGUUUUUUCAUAUUCACUGAUAAUCUAGCGUCAAGUGAUAAAGACAGCCAGCAUCAAUCAAUGAAAAUCCUGACAUGUGAUUAAAAAAAAAUCAACAAAGUUUUCGAAGUAUCCUACCACAGAGGUAUUAAAAAAUUCACACAAUUCAUCUUCUCUCCCACCUAGAAAAAGAUUUGCCAAAAACUGCGGAAAAUAUGCAAGAAGCUCCGGCCCAGUAGACGUCCUAAGCCUUAA